AUGACCGACAGCGCCGGCUCCUUCCUCCUCCAGAGCAGCGUCCUCCUCGGCGUCGCUGGCCUCGCCUACACGCACCUGACAUCGCGCGGCGACGUCGUCGCGCCGCCCGCCUCUUACUCGCAGCCCGACGACGCGACGGCCAAGCCUGGCCAUGGACCCGUGUAUCGCGACGGGCAGUUUCCCAAGCUCGAUGUGCCUACGACGCUGGCGCAAUUGCACGAAACAACAGCCAAGCACCCGAAGCUCAACUUUCUCGGCCACCGCCCGAUCGACGCCGACAGCAACGCCGGCCCGUACGAGUGGCAGUCGUACGAACAGGUCUACGCCCGCGUUCAGAACUUUGCGUCUGGCCUCGCGCACGAGGGCCUCGUAGCGCCGACGGCCGAUGGGCACAAAAUGCUCAGCAUCUACAUGCGCAACCGACCGGAGUGGGUCAUUGCGCAGUUUGCAGCCUUUUACGCGCACGGCUUUAUCGCGCCACUGUACGACUCGCUCGGCGCCGACUCGACCGAGUACAUCCUCAACCAAACGCUCGUGCCGUCGGUCGUGUGCACGCGCAACGAGCUGCCAUCGCUCGUCGCGCGCAAGCCGCAGGUCGCCACGCUGCGUCAUGUGAUCUUGUGCGACACGACGUCGCUGUCGCCCGACGAUGUAGCGUCGGCGUCGGCGGUCGGCCUCACGCUCUGGACGAUGACGGGGCUUGAAGCCAUUGGCGCUGCCCACCCGCUGCCGGGACUACCACCCCUUGUGACGUCCGACACGGCCGUCCUCAUGUACACGAGCGGCACGACGGGCGACCCGAAAGGUGUGCUGCUCACGCACGGCAACCUCCUCUCGGCGGCCAUUGGCGUCGAAGAGCGUAUUCUCCAUGGCCAGGCGCUCGAGACGAUGAACAACUUUCCGAUUUACUUUUCGUAUCUGCCGCUGCCCCACGUGUUUGAGCAGCUCGCGCAGUUGGCUGUCGUCCAGUACGCUGGCAGCGUCGGCUUCUUCCAGGGCAACCCACUGCGCAUCGUGGACGACCUCACGACGCUUCGACCGACGGCGUUUGCGUCCGUGCCGCGGCUGCUCAAUAAGAUUUACGACAAGAUUGUCGGCGGUGCUCUCGCGGCCGGUGGUAUCAAGGCGUGGCUCUUCCAGCGCGCACUGGACGCCAAGCUCGCGAACCUCCCGCUCGGUAUUACGUCGCACCCGAUCUACGACCCGCUCAUUUUCUCCAAGAUCAAGGCCAAGAUUGGGUUUGACCGCCUCGGCUACAUGCUCUGCGGGUCGGCGCCGUUGUCGCAGGACGUCAUGGCGUUCUUCCAAGUGCUUUUGGGUGUGCCCAUCUUUGAAGGUUAUGGGCAAAGCGAGUGCUGCGGCGCGUCCAACGUGACGGACAUUGCCGACUUUACCGGUGGCACAGUCGGCGCGCCGCUCUCGUCGGCCGAAAUCAAGCUCGUCUCGGUGCCAGACAUGGGGUACAAUGUGAAGGACACGGUGCACGGCCUCAACGACCAGCAAAUCCCCGUGAAUGGCCGCGGCGAAAUUUGCUACCGCGGCCCGAGCGUCUUUCAGGGGUAUUUCAAGAACCCGACAAUGACAAAGGAAGUGCUCGACGAGGACGGCUGGCUGCACUCGGGCGACAUUGGCGUCUGGACGCUCGACGGUCGCCUCAAGAUUGUCGACCGCAAGAAGAACAUCUUCAAGCUCUCGCAGGGCGAGUACGUCGCCCCCGAGAAGAUUGAAAACGUCAUCAAGGGCAGCGUCUACAUCAACCAGUCGUUUGUCUAUGGCGACUCGCUCCACUCGGUGCUCAUCGCGAUCAUUGUGCCCGAAGAAGCCGAGAUUACCCGUCUCGCAGCGACCUUGAAUGUAACCGGCACGUUUGCCGAGCUCUGCGCCCAUCCUGCCAUCAACGACGCGGUCCUUCAAGACAUUGUGGCCGUCGGGAAGAAGGGAAAGCUCCACGGGUUCGAACUCAUCAAGGCGCUGCUGCUGCACCCAGAGCCGUUUACUAUUGAAAACAACCUCGCGACCCCAACGUUCAAGGUCAAGCGCAACGAAGUCAAAAAGGUGUUUGGCACCGAGAUCCAGGCGCUGUAUGCCAAGACGGGCGACGUUGUUGCGGGCAAAAACGUGAGCCAACAGUAG